AUGAAGAACAAAUAUUCCCUAGUAGCUUGCAUGGUACUCUUAAGCUUCCUCCUUGUUUGUCAAGGAAGCAGCCUUACCAAGGAUUUUUACCAGCAUUCCUGCCCUCAAGCCGCCGACAUAAUUAAGAUCAAAACCCUGCAACAUAUCGCUGCUAAUCCGGUCUUACCUGCUAAGUUGCUUAGGAUGCAUUUUCAUGACUGUUUUGUCAGGGGUUGUGACGGCUCGGUUCUGUUGAACUCCACUGCCAAUAACACUGCAGAAAAGGAUGCGAUUCCGAAUUUAACUUUAACUGGCUUUGAUGUCAUUGAUGAGAUAAAAGUCGCGAUCGAGGCAAGAUGUCCCAAAACUGUGUCUUGUGCUGACAUAUUGGCCUUGGCUACUAGGGAUGCUGUUUCUGCACAAUUUAAUAAACCUAUGUGGGAAGUACUCACUGGUAGAAGAGACGGUACAGUAUCGAAAAGUAGUGAAGUCUUGGACAAUAUCCCGGGGCCUAACUUUACUUUCACCCAACUCAUACAAAACUUUGCAAGAAAAGGUCUCACCCUGCAUGAUCUUGUCGUAUUAUCAGGAGCGCACACAAUUGGAAUAGGCCACUGCAACGCCUUCAGUAACAGACUUUAUAAUUUCAUGGGAAAAGGCGACCAAGACCCUUCUUUGAAUUCAACAUAUGCUGCAUUCUUGAAGUCUAAAUGUAAGAGUCUGAGUGACAACACAACAAGGGUGGAGAUGGAUCCUGGAAGCUCUAGGACUUUCGACAGUGACUAUUAUCCUAACCUUCUUCAGAAAAAGGGUCUGUUUCAAUCAGAUGCUGUUCUUCUAACACAGGACCAGGCAACAGGUAUUGCUAAAGAGUUGGUUAACCAAAACAAGUUCUUCACAGAGUUUGCACAGUCGAUGAAGAGGAUGGGAGCCGUUGGUAUUCUCACAGGCUCUGCUGGGGAAAUUCGGAUCAAGUGUUCUAUUGUCAACUGA